AUGCGGGACGUCCUCCAAACCGAAGAACUCGUUAUCCCUGAGGGAGUCACGGUGGCUCUCAAAGCUCGUAUCAUCACCGUAACAGGGCCUCGCGGUACACUUACAAAGAACGUUCAACAUGUCAAUAUGGACAUUCGGCUGGUCAAGAGCAAGGACUCCAAGGUCACACUUGCAGUUUGGCAGGGAGGAAGGAAACACGUUGCAUGUCUGCGGACGAUUAAGAGCCUCAUUAGCAACAUGAUCAACGGUGUUACAAAGGGUUUCCGAUACAAAAUGCGUGCCGUUUACGCCCAUUUCCCUAUCAACUGCAUUAUUCAGAGCGAUGGUCAUGCGGUUGAGAUUCGUAACUUUUUAGGCGAGAAGACUGUUCGACACGUUAACAUGCUGGACGGUGUUGUGAUCACAGAGUCUAAAGCACAGAAGGAUGAGCUCAUCCUCGAGGGUAAUGACAUUGAUAUGGUAUCCCAAUCAGCGGCUUCCAUUCAUGGCGUCUGCAGAGUGCGGAACAAGGAUAUUCGAAAGUUCCUGGACGGUAUCUACGUGUCGAACAAGGGUGUCAUAGCAGAGGAAGAUUGA